AUGGAUUAUGCGGAGAUGGACGACAAGUCGAAACCGUUUGACUUUGAUGUGACGCACAGAGAUCUUAUACAUCAGGUAGCUUUCGAUCAUCAUGGUCGACGUUUGGCGACAUGUUCUAGUGACAUGACACUGUCAGUUUGGGAUCGAACACCUGAUGGAAGUUGGGUUAAAGCAGCUAGCUGGAAGGUACACGGUGGCGCCGUUUGGAGAGUUGUUUGGGCUCAUCCAGAGUUUGGACAAUUGUUAGCGACUUGUUCAUAUGAUAGGAGCGUCCACAUUUGGGAGGAAAUAAGAAGCGCUCCUGGUGCAGAGGGACGAAAAGGAGCUCGAUGGGUUCGAAAAGCUUAUCUUACUGACAGUAGGGCGAAUGUGACGGAUAUUGCGUUUGCACCUCGACAUCUAGGACUCAUGCUCGUAAGCUGCAAGGUUUUGAUUGAAUGGUUGUUAUUAAACAGCUAUUUUCAGGCUACAGUAUCUGCGCAAGGGAUUGUUCGGAUUUAUGAAGCAGCUGAUGUUAUGGACUUGUCUAGAUGGUCUUUAUGUCACGAAUUACAAGCCUUCUACACAAGAUGUGGGAGUGUUGAAUGGAGUCGAUCACGCAUACAUCGACCUCUUCUAGCCGUUGCUUCCGAUGACAAGCGGGCAGAAAACGACGAACGUAUCGUCAUUUAUGAGCACAAUGAGAAUUUGAGAAAGUGGCAGCGAGUGAUCUCAUUACGGCUCGAGUUAUCAUUUCCUGUAACAGAUUUGAAGUUUUCGCCCAUUGCCGUCGCUGAUUCUCAUCAGUUGGCAGUAGCAGCAGGAGACGUUCACAUUUACAAUAUCAAGGUAUAUUGA